GUGCACCCCAGCGCGUUAGUGCACCACACCACCGGGCGUGUGCAUCACAGAUUGGAACGUGUUCCCGGGCCACUGUGCCGGCAGUGAUCGGAGCGACAUUGCGAACAUGGAAAAAACGCAUACGAGACAAGAACCCGACCCCAUCAUGGACGGCUCGACUGGCCAGUUCAGCUGCGGAGCCGGGUGUGCCAGGCGGCCUGCUGGUGCUAUGCGGGCCUUCUGGCGUGGGCAAGAGCACUUUGGUGAAACACUUGCUGGGUCAUGAAACGUUAGGCAGCCAGUUUGGUUUGGUGGUUUCCCACACCACUCGAGAGCCACGAGCUUCCGAGACCGAUGGCGUGGAAUACCAUUUCGUCAGCAGGGAAAAGAUGGAGGACAUGAUUGCAAACGGCUUGUUCCUGGAGCAUGCCGACGUCCACGGCAACUUGUACGGGACAUCCUUUGCAGCAAUUCAGGAUAUUUGUGAUCACGGUCACAACUGCAUCCUGGACAUUGACAUCGCGGGCGUUCGGAGCUUGCAUAGAUAUCUGCAAGACAAGGACAACCAAGCUCACUUUGUCGAGGUUCUCCCGGAAGGCGGCCUGACCACGCUGGAAUCUCGGCUCCGUGCCCGAGGCGGCGACGAGACCGAGCUUCAGACCCGGCUCAAGACGGCUCGCCGGGAGAUGAAGGAGUAUGGCUCCUUCCAGUGGGAUUCCACGAUCCUCUCCGUGGACGGCGAUGUGGAGAGCGCUGUCCGCGAGCUGGUUCGGGUGGCUACAAAGCUGGUCGGCCGGAGCGAGGCUGCCUUAGCCGAGGACGACGAGCCAUUGGAGUCUCCAGAUCCGGAGGUCAAGAGCCCAGGUGCUCAGCCGAAGAGCGUCUUCGGGGAGUUCAGCGGGCUCGCGAGGAUGCUCGGCGACUCCUGCGUGGACUUGGGCCAGGGCUUCCCCAACUACGAUCCCCCCGAAUUUGUGGUGCAGGCUCUGCGCGACGAGCUGGAUGGCACGGGCAAGGGCAAGGUUCGCACUCGCCACCAGUACACCAGGACGGCAGGGCACGUGCCUCUGGUGGAGGUCUUGGCUGAGCGGUACAGCGGCCACCUAGGUCGGCCGCUGGAUGCCCUCAAGGAGGUCGCUGUGACGGUGGGCGCCACGAAUGCUCUCUUUCUCGCGAUGCAGGCGGCCUUGUCGCGGUCUCCCGAAGCGAGAGAGAUCGUCGCCUUGGAGCCUUUCUUCGAGCUCUAUCGGUCUCAGGCGCACGGCUUGGGAGCCGACUUCCGCAGCGUUCCGCUGCGUUUCGACGAGGCCAAGCAUUCCUUCGAGCUGGAUAUCGAGGCCCUGGCGUCGUCCUUGGGCCCGCAGACGGCGGCCUUAAUCGUCAACACGCCGCACAAUCCCACCGGCAAGGCCUUCGACGAGUCUGAGAUGGAGGCCAUCGCAGAACUGGUGCGGCAACAUCCGAACAUCCUGGUGAUCAGCGAUGAGGUCUACAAGUACAUGAUCUUUGACCCGCCGCCAAGCGGGCUGGCGAAAGCCAAGGACAUGCCGGCAGGCCACAUCCACUUCGCCCGGCUUCCGGACAUGUGGGAAAGAACUCUGACCGUGAGCUCUGCGGGGAAGACCUUCGGCAUCACCGGCUGGCAAAUCGGUUGGCUUAUUGGCCCCUCCUCUUGGAUGGAGCCGAUCCAGCGAUUUAUGCCAAACCUUCAGUUCUGUGCGCCAACACUGACACAGCGGGCCCUGUGCCGGGUUCUGCGGCAAGCUGCCGAGCCCUACAGCGGCGUGGAGUCCUACUACGAGUGGUUGCGACAG